GGGGGAGUCAGCUGACUUCGCGGCGUCAGAUCGAGGAACCGUCAACGGCGGAAGGAGGGAGGACCGUCUCCUGGGCCUGAGGGAGGUGCCAUGGCGACCACUGUUAGCACUCAGAGGGGUCCGGUAUACAUUGGUGAACUUCCUCAGGAUUUCCUUCGCAUCACUCCAACACAACAGCAGCAGCAGAUUCAGCUGGAUGCCCAAGCAGCCCAACAAUUACAGUAUGGAGGAGCAAUGGGUACUGUUGGAAGACUAAGCAUCACUGUAGUGCAGGCAAAAUUGGCAAAGAAUUAUGGGAUGACACGCAUGGAUCCAUACUGCAGAAUACGACUUGGCUAUGCUGUGUAUGAAACCCCUACAGCUCAUAAUGGAGCCAAAAAUCCCCGAUGGAACAAAGUUAUUCAGUGCACAGUUCCCCCUGGAGUGGAUUCUUUCUAUCUUGAAAUAUUUGAUGAGCGAGCCUUUUCAAUGGAUGAUCGCAUUGCUUGGACACACAUUACUAUUCCUGAAUCACUGAAACAAGGAAAAGUAGAAGAUGAGUGGUAUAGUCUGAGUGGAAGGCAGGGAGAUGACAAAGAAGGAAUGAUUAAUCUGGUCAUGUCAUAUACGUCCUUACCAGCUGCCAUGAUGAUGCAGCCUCAGCCAGUAGUCCUGAUGCCUACAGUUUAUCAGCAAGGAGUUGGAUAUGUGCCUAUAACAGGGCUUGAAUACUUUGCUCUGGGAAUGCCUGCUGUUUGUAACCCAGGGAUGGUACCUGUGGCAAUUCCACCUCCUGCAGUCAACCCUCAGCAUGUGUGUAAUGAAGAGGAUCUAAAAUCAAUCCAGGACAUGUUUCCCAACAUGGACAAAGAAGUAAUCCGUUCAGUACUAGAAGCUCAGAGAGGAAACAAGGAUGCUGCUAUCAAUUCUCUGCUUCAAAUGGCAGAGGAAUCCUAGAUCCUUCUGCACAUUCCCCAUCUUCAUUGUUACUGUUACUUUUGAUUUGCCAAGCCAGGAAUUUAGCUAGAGGAAGAACUUCCCCAAAAAGGCAUCCAUUCUAAGAAUGCGUUUUCCCUUUCUGUUGGUGGUGAUUGUUGGGACAUUUGCACAUUUGUUUUUACCUAUGAUCUGUAGAAACUUCAGAAAUUUUUAUGAAUAUCAGUUCUGCCAUGUAUGGCUGCAUUUCUUUUCUGAGAGGCAGAUUUGGAGUAUCUGUUCUGCUUCCCCUCAUGCAUUUUUCCUGUUUUGGAAAACAGAUGCCAGUGCAUGCGCACACACAUGCGCGCACACACUGUUUCAACACUAUGUAUUAUUGAGUCAAAAGCUGGGGCAGGCAAAGGAAAUAGAGGUGGAGAGAUAAAGGGCUGCUGGAACUGCUGUCCUAUAGAGUACUUUCAUCAGAAGUAAUCUCAAUCUAUCUCAAUAAAUGACCCCCUUUCUGUGAUAGUCAGGAAGUGAUUGCAUAGCUUGCUUAGUGAUACCUGAACAUUGCGGCAACUUGUAACACUUCAUAGUGUACACAAACAAGCUUUCCUGCAACUUCUGCAUUCAUUAUAAUGAGAAAAGGCUAUGUUCAGCCUAUUAAUUGGGCACAAAUGCAAUUAUUUCUUUGGAGCCAACUGCUCUGAUAUGUUGCUGUAUUUCUGAAAUCUGCUAUCACUUCUUUCUUGCAAAACAGAAGCAUAUGGUAGAGGAACAUGUUAAUGUGCUCUUGUGUUUACUUGCACUGUUCUUGCUUUUACGUUUGUGAAAUAGUCAAAAAAAGAUUAAAACAGGAAUUUAUACCUUGGAAAAUUCAGCCCCAUGAUUAAAUAAACAUCCUCGUGGAGCAGUUGUCAUAACAAUAAUAGUAAUUUGAGAAGAAAACUGCUUCAUUCAGCUAUGUGGAUGAAAUCUACUUUUUUCCUUUUAGAAGAGAAAUUUAUUUUCAGGACAUAACUUUUUCAGUAGAAUAUCCACUGUAAUGAUUCAUUUAGUUUCAGCUGAGUUUACUACCAUCAAUACUCAGGCAUAUGAAAGAAUCAGUUUAACAAAUGAGACAAACCAAACAAAAUGCAAUUCCAAUAUAUAGGAUAUAUGAAUUGUAUAUUCAUUGUGUAUUGCUAUACCCGUUGAAUGUCAGGAGAUAACAAAUUUUCUGUGUUUAAUUAGUUUAUUUCUUGUUUGAAAAAAGCAGAAUAAUGCACUUUAAUACACACAUUUUCAUAAAAUGUGGUGUUUGGCUUUUUGAUGGUUUUAAAAAAUUUUAAAGUAUUUUCGAUAAUUGCUAGCCAUGCUUCAUAUUUCUUUAUGUGUUUAAAUACAAUGCAAGCAUGUAGGUUGAGUCGGUUGUGAUUUUUUUCUUUGAAAGAAUAGAUCAUAUGUUUCCUGUUCUUUAUAUAGUUUUCGUUUUGGCUCCUCUCCCUCAAGCAUUAAAAAAAUCACUAAAAUUUACUUCAUAUCACAAUGAAUACUCCUGGCACAGCCAGUUAUAGUUGAAAUAUUUAUUUUUUUAAUUAUUAAAAUAUAGGUGGGGAAAUAAUUUUUAAAUAAGUACCAAAAAUGUGUGUUUUACUUCUAUAUGUUCGUUAAAAUUUAAAUGUCUUGCAUCCAUUUUUUAAAAAGUAGACUUGCAUUUAUGAGUAUUAGUUCCUUCCUUUCCACUUAUUCCCACUUCUAUUGCGUUUUAAAAUGGUGCAUAUAGUAUACUGCAAUCUGUUUUGUUGGGGCGCGGGGUUGGAACAUUUUGGAAAUUAGUUUGCUUCCUUUCUCCAUACUCUACAGGACUUCCAGUUUAGUAUUAAUUAAUGCUGGACUUUUGUCGGAAGCAUCAUAGACCAUCUGAUUCCUGUGGCAUGUGUGAGCUCAGCAAAUAAUCUGGCAUAACCUGUUUGUUCUUUGGGAAAACCUGCUGCCAUGCAUAAUCUGCAAAAGGUGUAGGGGCACUUCUUUCUGAAUGGCCAGCAGGGAUGGUUUUAAAGGGUUGCUUGUACUUCUGGAAUGGCAUAUUGCAUAGCAGAUGUUGUUAGAGCUGAACUGUAAACACUUGAGUUUGGAUCCAGAGUUUUAUUCUGCUGGUGACACCGUCCUCAGGCAAGUUCUUUAGGAACUUGGAAUGUUCCCACUGGCAGAAAUGGGGGAAAGUGAUUGUUACCAAUCCCUCCCUCCCUCCCUCCCUCCCUCUGCAGCCCCACUUGUUCUGGCACCAUUCCACUGACCCCAGUUUUCCAAAGGAGAUUUUGGGGGGACAGUGGGUACUGUAGAAGAGAGAGGAAAGAUCACUUCCUGCCCUGCUCAGCUGGAUCAAAAUCCUCCUCCUGAUGGAAAGAGUCAUUCUGGCCACAGGAGGUUUUUGCUGGAUCCAGUCCACUGAAAACAGUGCAAAUGCAUGUUCACAAUCAAGAUAGGCAUGGAAAUAUUAAAACAAAAUUCACUUUCUGGAAGGUCCCAGGAACUGAGGCCUGUGGAAAGUCUGGGGAAUUCUAGGACUGGUUUUAAGCUGCCUUUUUCAAGAGUAGAGCAGACUUUUGUAGAUAACGAGUAGUAUUAUAACAUUUGCUAUUCAUAUUUUCCUCUGUCGAAGAAAAAAAUGACAAUGCAAACCUUUUGAAAAAUAUUGAGAAUUCACUGAUUACCAUGUUUUUGUCAUAAAAAAAGGGCAUUGCUACAGUUCUACAAGCAUAUCUUUUCUUGAGAGCUACUUGGAUGUACCCUAAUUCUGCCGAUAUGUAUUUGGAAGUAAUCCCCAUGAAUUACAAUGAAAUUUGCCUCCAAAUACAUGUGAUUAAGAUUGGGGUGCAAGUUAGUAGUUUGCAGAAUCAAAAUGCACUACUUGCUUGUCAGUUAAACUAAAUGCUGUGCUGCGCACAAGUCUCAAUGCUAUUUCUCUUAGAACACUAUGUUCAGCUUUGUGCAUCUCUCACAGCAUCCCUCUGCAGCCCAGACGCUGCUGUGGAAUUAAGCUGAAGUUCACAUCUGCCAAAGGUCUGUAAGUGAUUAAAUCUGGAAAGUUUUUUGUCUAGCUAGAUGCUGGCCACCUUUUUCUCUGCUGUUGUUUGAUUGCGUGCUGAUUGUUCAAAGUGUUUUCCAUUGCAGAUAUUAUUGCUUGUACUGGCUGACCUGUAAUACUGUAUAAAGGAUGUUUUGCUGUAAUAAUUCUGAAGACAUUGUUUUUUUACUGUAUUAAGGUCUAGAUGUUUGUCUCUAAUAUUAUGAAAUCCUUUUUUCUCAUUCUAUCUAAUUUAAUAAAUGUAUACCAAAACCAGGUAAAA